CAGAUCUGGUGCCAGUGAAUCGAGUGACAGGGAAAGGCACUCAGGACUCCCACAGACACACACAGAGUCCCCUCAUGGCCAGGCUGGAUCUGAACAUGGAGAGUUGGGAUCCACCCAGGAAGGAAGACAGGGAACUACUCACAGACAGCAAGAAGACACCACUAGACAUACCCAGUCUGGGCAUGGACAAGCCACCAGGUCAGAAUCCAGUAGGACUGGGAGAAGAGAAUCCAGUGUCAGUGAGUCCAGUGACAGUGAAAGGCACUCAGGAGUCCCACAGACACAGGCAGGGUCCCCUCAUGGCCAUGCUGGAUUUCAACAUGGAGAGUCGGGAUCCACCCAGGAAGGAAGACAGAGAACUACUCACAGACAGGCAAGAGACACCACUAGACAUACCCAGUCUGGGCACGGACAACCCACCAGGUCAGAAUCCAGUAGGACUGGGAGAAGAGAAUCCAGUGUCAGUGAGUCCAGUGACAGUGAAAGGCACUCAGGAGUCCCACAGUCACAGGCAGGGUCCCCUCAUGGCCAUGCUGGAUCUCAACAUGGAGAGUCAGGAUCCACCCAGGAAGGAAGACAGGGAACUACUCACAGACAGGCAGGAGACACCACUAGACAUACCCAGUCCACUCAUGGACAAGCCACCAGGUCAGAAUCCAGUAGGACUGGGAGAAGAGAAUCCAGUGUCAGUGAGUCCAGUGACAGUGAAAGGCACUCAGGAGUCCCACAGACACAGGCAGGGUCCCCUCAUGGCCAUGCUGGAUCUCAACAUGGAGAGUCGGGAUCCACCCGGGAAGGAAGACCAGAAACUACUCACAGACAGCAAGGACACACCACUAGACAAGCUCAUUCUGGUCUUGGACAGGCCACCAGGACAGAAUCUAGCAGGACCCAAAGAAGCAGAUCCGGUGCCAGUGAAUCGAGUGACAGGGAAAGGCACUCAGGACUCCCACAGACACACACAGAGUCCCCUCAUGGCCAGGCUGGAUCUGAACAUGGAGAGUCGGGAUCCACCCGGGAAGGAAGACAGGGAACUACUCACAGACAGGCAGGAGACACCACUAGACAUACCCAGUCUGGGCAUGGACAAGCCACCAGGUCAGAAUCCAGUAGGACUGGGAGAAGAGAAUCCAGUGUCAGUGAGUCCAGUGACAGUGAAAGGCACUCAGGAGUCCCACAGACACAGGCAGGGUCCCCUCAUGGCCACCCUGGAUUCCAACAGGGAGAGUCAGGAUCCACACUGAAAGGGAGACAGGGAACAACUCACAGACAGGUAGGAGACUCCACUAGACAUGCCCAGUCUGGUCAUGGACAGGCCACCAGGACAGAAUCCAGUAGGGCCCGAAGAACGGGAUCUAGCAUCAGUGAGUCCAGUGACACGGAAACACACUCAGGAGUCCCACAGACACACACAAGAUCCGCUCAUGGCCAGGCUGGAUCCCAGCAUGAAGACUUGGGAUCCUCCCGUGAAGGAAGACAGGGAACUACUC